CAUUACAGCCAUGCUAUGACAGCUAUAGUAUUUGCAGCCAUCGAGCGGAUAGGCUACGCACACACAGACGCAGGUCAUGGAGAAGUUAAUGGUUCCAUUGCCAGGUGCUCCUACAUCAAAUAUCACUACUCCUCAGCUACGAUACCCAAAAACCUCUCAUACAACAUCACCAAGACGAUAAGGCAGGAUGAGUGGCACGCCCUCCACUUGCGGCGAAUGACAGCAGGGUUCAUGGGCAUGGCGGUGGCCAUCAUCCUGUUCGGUUGGAUCGUCGGCGUCCUCGGCUGCUGCUGGGACCGAGGCCUCAUGCAGUAUGUGGCUGGUCUCCUUUUCCUCAUGGGAGGAACUUUCUGCAUCAUUUCCCUCUGCACCUGUGUCGCCGGCAUCAACUUUGAGCUUUCCCGUUUUCCACGGUACCUGUACGGCCUGCCUGACGACAUCGGCCACGGCUACGGCUGGUCCAUGUUCUGCGCCUGGGGAGGCCUCGGCCUCACCCUCAUCGCCGGCUUCUUCUGCACCCUGGCUCCCUCCGUCCAGCCGAUACCGCGAUCCACCUGCCCCAAGUCCCGACAGGAGAACGGCACCGUCUGCUAAAGAUGACAGCCACCAUGAGACCGGAGUAACCCACAGAUCGACAACCAAGAAAGAGAAAAAGUGUUCCACGUGUUCAUGCAUCCACUCAUCUCUAGGCUUUCCUGGUUCCAGAUUUUUCUUUUCAAUUUGUGUGUUUAAAAAUGGGUGUCUUGAUGAACUUGAAAAUAACGGAAAAAAAAAAACCACUCAAGAACUGACAAACAUAUUAUCAAAAAUUUUAUCAAAAAGUUGUGCUUGUUUUGUUGUUGUGCAGCAGACAAUUGAAAUGGACCAUGACCAGGAAAGCUUUUCGAAGUACUUGGAGACUCUAAAAGACUACGUAUUUGUCGGUAAAUGGGACGCUACUACUCUGAAGGUGAGAGACGAGGGUGUUCAACCUCUGAACUGCUUAUGACUUAUGUAUAACUGGUCUACUGGGAUGGAGGAGAACUGAGUGAAUCAGCAGCAUUGAGAAGAAACAAUCAAAAAUCAAGUCAAGAUCUUGUGGAAGUUUCUCAUGGACUUGUGCACACAGGGGUUUCUUGUGGGAUGAUUCACAAAGGACUGAAGCAAACAUGAAACUGUGUCACUUGCAGAGCUGGGAUCAUGUUUAGUGGCCAUCUAUUCAUAUUCAGUAUUCCAGCUUCUGAGGACCCUCCAGUUAGGGCUGGGAGAUCCACGACCUCCACUGUUGUACAUUAAUGUACAGAAUAUUCCAGAGAAGUGACAACCAGGAAGUGUUACAUCAGACCAUUUUCAUUCUUGUGUAGGUGCAUUCCAUUCCAAAAGAUGACCCCCCAUUACCCAUUUAGCAUUUUAUACAUGCGUUCCUCUUUUAUCCAGAGUGUAUUUUCCUUUUUACUGAACCCUUCUUGUUUUGAGGGAACUGUUGACCGAGUGUACUUUCGGAGCAAAUGCUGUGUUAGUUUGAUCCCCCCCCCUCCGCCCCCCUUUCGAGUCAUAGAGGUGUUGUAAACUUGUGAGUAUGAAUGUGUGUAUGUGUGGAUUAUUUUUGCAGUGGCUAACGAAAAAAAAAAAAAAAAAAAAAAAAAAGAAGAUCAUACUGACAAGGUGGAGCGCUGCCUUGAGAGA